UAUUGUCGAUGACGUCACGCUAGUAUGCUCCUUGCGGUUCUUUAGGAACGCAUAUACAGGUGAGCCUGGUAGUAGGAUUCCUGGCUCACGUUCAACGCAGACGAACCUCUGUAGUGGAAGGUUGGAAAAGUUGAGAGUUUUGUGUGCAGCUUGUAACCAGUCGACAACUAUGGAACUUACCGGAAAAGUUGCCAUCGUUACAGGGGGUGCCAGCGGUCUGGGCAAAGCUUUUUCCCAAGUGCUACUCAAAAAUGAAUGUAAGGUAUGUGUUGCAGAUCUGAAUCAACAGGAAGGUGAAAAAACAAUCCAGGAGUUGAAGAAAGCAUUUGGGGAAAAAAAUGUGCUGUUCGUCAUGUGUGACGUCAGUAAUGAAAAGGAUCUCGAAAAGGUUUUUAACGAAACUGUUAAAACUUUUGGUCAUGUGGAUAUACUGGUGAACAAUGCCGGUAUUGGUGGAGAAAGCCGAUGGAAGGAAGUCAUUAGCGUUGAUCUGGUAUGUGAAUUUAUUUUUGAUAUUUGUCCAAACUUUAGAAUAUUUCUUAUUAGAGAUAAAAUUUUUGGCUUUACUGGACUGCUCCUCUAA